AUGUCUACCUCUUUGGACCAAUUGAAAGCUUCCGGCACCGUCGUCGUCUCCGACUCUGGCGACUUUGAGACUAUCGCCGUCUACAAGCCCCAGGAUGCCACCACCAACCCCUCGUUGAUCCUCGCCGCCGUCAACAAGCCCGCCUACGCCAAGCUCGUCGACACCUCUGUCGAAUGGGCCAAGUCCAAGGGCGGCGAGCUCGACCACCAGGUCAACAACGCAAUGGACCGUCUCCUCGUCGAGUUCGGUAAGGAGAUCCUCAAGAUCGUCCCUGGCCGAGUCUCCACCGAGGUAGACGCCGCCCUCUCGUUUGACAAGAAGGCCACCGUCGACAAGGCCAAGCAGCUCAUCGCUCUCUACGAGUCCGAGGGUGUUGACAGGAACAGGGUCUUGAUCAAGAUCGCCUCGACCUGGGAGGGUAUCCAGGCCGCCCGAGAGUUGGAGCGGGACCACAACAUUCACUGCAACUUGACCCUCUUGUUCGGAUUCGGUCAGGCCGUCGCCUGUGCCGAGGCCGGCGUCACCUUGAUCUCGCCCUUCGUCGGUCGAAUCCUCGACUGGUACAAGAAGAACCAGCCCGAGAAGGCCGACAGCUUUGUCGGAGAGGCCGACCCUGGUGUCCAGUCCGUCCAGAAGAUUUUCAACUACUACAAGCAGCACGACUACAAGACCAUCGUCAUGGGUGCUUCGUUCCGAAACGUUGGAGAGAUCAAGGCUUUGGCCGGAUGUGACUACCUCACCAUCGCCCCUAAGCUCUUGCAAGAGCUCAUCGAGUCCAACGAGGACGUUCCCAAGAAGCUCGAGUCCGAGACCGCCAGGCGAGACACCAUGGAGAAGGUCUCCUUUGUCGACGACGAGCAGAAGUUCUUGGACGACCUCAAGAACGACAAGAUGGCUUACGACAAGCUCCACGAGGGUAUUGCCGGUUUCGACAAGGACGGCAAGACCCUCAAGGACUUGCUCAAGGAGAAGCUCUCUAGCUAGACGUCUCUCCCCUCCUACCCUCCUGAACCUUCCACCCACCUAGGAGCAUCACGCUCGUUUUGCAUUCGUCACCGUCGUUUCAUUCGGGCCGUGGGCUCUGCAUAUUUCCGCCGCCACCUCCUGACUCUUUUGUCAACGUAAUCUGAAAAUAUAAAAAUGGUUGUCUCUGCAACGAAACGUCUCGGUUCGAGACAUGACGUGCAUGUGGGGAAUCGCUGGGUGAUGCGUCAGGACGUUGCAAUUUUGAGCUAUUUGGGACAGAGUCCAAUCAGUAUAUGUUCGAAUAGUCACUCGAUAUCCUCAUUCAGUAGGGGCGUGGAGUGUAGCUCAACAACCAGUUUCGAGGAAAAAGGAACGUGAGGCAUAUGUUUCGUAA